AUGGCUCACCUGCAUCAGCUCAACGAGGAGCAGCGCGCAGCUGUGACUGCACCGUUGGGUCCCGUGCGCGUCAUGGCGGGCCCAGGCAGUGGCAAGACAAAAGUGCUCGUGGCACGGGUGGCAGAGCUGAUCCAGACACACGGCAUUAGCAGCUCCAAGUUGCUGGCCGUCACCUUUACCAACAAAGCAGCGGGCGAGCUGCAGGAGCGCUUAUCAAACAUGCUGGGUUGGAAGGCAAGUAGAGUAUGGGCAUGCACAUUUCACAGGCAAGACUUGACCACUGACUUGCUCCGCAAGCUGGUCAAGGCAGAGCAGCCAGACCUCACGGCAGCAGACCUGACUGCCACAGCAAGUCAGCUGAUGCACAACAUCUCCACUGUCAAAUGCAGCAUGACAACCUGGCACGCUGCCAUGCCAAAGGCUAGGGCAGACCUUUUUCGUCGCGGAGCGCAACGAGUUUUUUUCAUCGAGAAUUCAGAGGAGGAGCGACGUUGGGUCGAGGACCUGGUGUGCUGGUUUGAAAGGCAUAUGUUGGUGGAUGAGUUCCAGGACACCAACACCCCGCAGUACGAGCUGGUUCGGCUGCUGACGUUGCCCCAGGGCAAUCUGUUUGUGGUGGGCGACCCAGACCAGUCCAUCUACGAGUGGCGCGGCGCUGACAUGGACAACAUGACGUGCCAGCUGAAAAUCGACUACCCAGACAUCCAGACAUUCAUACUGAAGAACAACUACCGCUCUUCAGAGCGCAUCGUGCAAACAGCAUCUGCCCUGAUCAGUGCCAACAAGGACUGGGGCCGGGCGCGUAUGCAAGCACAGCGCCCGCUUGGCAACCACAUCAUCGAUGUGAUGGCAUACCUGAGGCUGGUGGUCGGUCUGCGCGAUGAGCUGGCGCUGCUGCGUGUCAUCAACACACCCAGGCGCGGCAUUGGCGAUACAUCAGUGGACAAGCUGCUUGAAUAUGCCAAGAGGAUGGGCGCCACACUGCCUUCCCUCCUUUUUGGCAGCCCUCUAGAGCCUGGCAUGGCCUCUGCCAGCGGCAGCAGCAGCUCGUCACUUCCCCCAUUCCCAGCCGGCAAGCAGCUCGGACUGACGCCCAAGGCAGCAGAAUCGGUGAAGCAUUUCAGGCAACUAAUUGUGCGGCUGCGAGACAUAGCUAGCAACAGCAGUCUGGAGGACACCUUAGCGGCCAUCGUGAAUGAGGUUGUCACUGCUAUGCCGCUGCUUGCUUGUUGCUUGUGUGGGCUUAAAGUCUGGUAA